UAAAGUCAUAAAGAGUAGCAUUUCUUAUAUACUCUCUUUCACUUCAUUUUGGCUAUCUUUUAAAUAGUGGAGUACCAUAUAUCUUUGUCCCUACAAGAAAAUACUAAGGAAAAUGAGAGGAUUUAUGUGCCAACCUCAAGUGUCAACUGCAGUGUGUUUGAGUUGUGAUUCAAGGUCAGUUGUCGUGCCUGCGGCGCGACGUAGAAUGUCGAUGGAAGAUCAUACAAAAUUAAUCAACAAGUGUAAGAGAUUAGGUGAUGUACCUCGUACACUUGGUUCAAUGCCUAUAAGUAAGAGAUCAAGAAAUGUUGCUGCUGCUGCUGGUUCCUCUGUUUUGACAAUUUCUAAGAGAGAUCAAGAAAAUGGUUGCAAAAUUGUUCCUUCAAUACCCUUUACAGAUAACUCCUUCCAGGUUGUUGUGAUGAGAGUGUCACUUCAUUGUCAAGGCUGUGCUGGUAAAGUGAAGAAACAUCUCUCCAAGAUGGAAGGAGUGACAUCUUUCAGCAUAGACUUGGAUAGCCAAAGAGUAACAGUGAUGGGACACGUGUCACCAGUUGGUGUGUUGGAAAGCAUAUCAAAAGUGAAAAGAGCUGAAUUUUGGCCUCUAAAUAGUUGUUGA